AUGUAAUUCCUUCAGAAUUUCUUAAUAGACUAAAUUCAAUAGUAUGAAUUUUGUUAAGAAAAAUGUAAAGAAUGCCAUUUAUACUGCAAACAUUUUAAAAAUCAUAUCGAGAUAUCUUAAAAAUAUAGAGAAAAGCUAAAUUAUAGUGAAGAUUAAUUAAAUUAAAAAACAAGUUCAAAAAUCAAAAAUACAGAAGAUGAAUUAUAGAAAAGAAAAACAAUAAGCGAAAUUGAAGAUUAAAAAAAAGAUGCUGAAUAGACUUUAGAAAAAUUGCAAGUUUUAAAUAAAAUAUUCAACAUUUAAAUUAAAUUAAAGGAAGAAAUGAAUUAAAUAAUGAACUAUGAUUUUUAUGACAAAGAGAGAAAAUGCAUCAAUUUAUAAGUACUUGGUCUGCCUCCAUAAGAUAAGGAAAAAAGUGAUAAGGGUAAUUUAAAUAAUGAAUAAAUAGAAUUAUUAUAAAUCUAAUUUUCUAAUUAAAUUGAAGAUGCUGAAUAAAAUAAAAAAAGUAAUACCUUAAUUAAGGAAUCUAAAAAUAUUUAAUUAUAACAACAUAAUAAAAAUUUAAUUUUAAUUGAAAAUAGUUAAUAUUAAUCUUAAGAGAAUAUCAAAAAUAUGAGGGCUGAAAGGGAUGGAGUUAAAUUGAAAAAAGAUGAAGUUAAUAAAAAUUUAAGCAGCCUAUAAAAUCAAAUCCAAGAAAUUAACAUUUCUGAUGAUAUUCUUGAUAUAAAUUAAUUAAAAUUAAAUAUUGAUUAGGAAAAUGAAAAUUUGGAGGAAAUAAAAAACAAAAUUGUAUAAUUUUAAGAGAAUAAAAAAUAAAAAAUACUAGAAUUAGAGGUGUUUUAAAAAUAAGAAUAAAGAGAUUUAAAACUAAAUUUAGAUUAUGAAUAUUAAUUAACAGAUGAGUAUUUUGGAUAAAUAGACUAGUUAGAAAAUGAAAUCAAGAGUCUUAAGAAGAAAAAAAAUAAUUUGGAAGAACUCAAGUAAGAAUUAAAAGAAGAACAAGACAAAAAAUUUAGAUAAAGCAAAACAAAAAUUGAAGAAUUAACUAAAAAAUUAAAAGAAUAAAGUACUGAAGAAAUAGAUUAUUAAAUAAAAGAACUAUAGAUUAAAAAACUAUAAAUUUAUGAAGAAAACUAAAGUAAAAUAAAUGAAGAAAAUUAUGAGAUAUAUAAAAUAUGUAAAGAAGAGUUAAGCAGUGAAAGAGAAAAUUUAUAAGAAGAUGGAGAUUUAGGCUUAGAAAAAGAAUUAAUUGAAUUAUUUAAAAAAAAAAAGUAAGAAUGCUUAGAUAAAAUUUUAUUUGAAAUUUAAUCUUUUGAAUCAUAGACUUAAGAAAUUGAAAAUAAAAUAAUUAACUUUAGUCAAUCAGUCAAAAAAAUAAACAAAAAAAAAUCUCUUCAAGAUACAUAUUAAAUAUGUUAAUCUGAUUUUAAUAAUUUAGAAAAAUAGUUGUAAGAAAUUGAGAAUAAAUUAUUAAAAAAUUAAGAUGAAUUUGAAAAUAAUAAAAUAUAUUUGGAAGCCUAAAGAAAACUACAAGAAAGUAUAAGCUAGGAAAUAGCGUAAUUUGAAAAGUAAGAAAUUGAAAUAGAUUAAUAGAUUAAGAAAUUAAAUAUUAGAUUAGAUUAAUUAAAAGGGUUUGAAUAACAUUAAAAAAUGUUCAUAAUUGAAACAAGCACUUUGGAAAAUUUGUAAUUAAAGCUGAAAUAAUGGGAUUAAUUUGAAUCUUAUAAUAUUAAAAAUUAAGAAGAGAUUAAGAAUUUAAUCAAAAACCUAGAUAAGAAAAUUAAUGAUCUUUCAACUGAGAGUGAGUUAUUAACAAUUGAACUCAGUAAAUUUAAUCUAUUUGAAAUGAAUAAAGAGAAAUUAGACAAAAUAAAGAAUUCUUUAAAAUAAUUAGAUGAAUAAAAGUUGUAAGUACAUUAAUGCCAAAGAGAAAGUCAUAAAUGUGAUAAGAAUUGCUAAAUAUGUCCUGAAUAAAAAUGCGAUAAUAAGGCUGGGCAUUAGGAAAAUCAAGAACAUUUAUGUUCUAAAUAAGAUCAUAAAUGCAAUAAUAUUUGUUAAGUGUUUGAUUGUAAAAGUAAUUGUAUGAAAGGUUUCAAGCAUAAUAAUCAGCAUAAUUGUGAAAAUUAACAUCCCUGCAAGGAAAAAUGUAAAUUCUGUAAUGAUUAAUGUUAAAAGGAUCGCUCAAAUGAUCAUAAUGAUCAUAAUUGCAUGAUAAAAUAUUGCAUUCAAACUUGUAACCUUUGCAAGAGAAAAUGUUUUAAGGAACAUGAGCAUUCUUUGAAUUCAGAUAAUCAUUUUUGUGAAAAUCCACAUUAAUGUGAAAAAUGGUGUGAAGAAAAAGGGAUAUGCAAAAUAGAUUAUGAAACUAAAGAAAUAAUAUAGAAAAAUUAAUCAUCUGAGUUCUCAUUUAUAAAAUAUCAACCAGUCGAUAUUGGAAAAUAAAAAUGUCAAAAAUAAAUCCCAGCAGGUGAAAAUCAACAUUAAGGGCCACAUAUAUGCAAAAAUCAAACCUCAAAGUAAUUUCAUAAUUGUGAUUAAUAAUGUCCUGAGUGUAAUACAUAUUGUGAUUUAAAAUAUGGUCAUAAAGGUCUUCAUUCUUCAGAUAGACAUCGAAAUAAAGAAAAUCAAUAAUUUACAAUAUAAGAAGGUAUUUAAGUUAAAAUUGAAAUUUAAGAAACAAAUAGAAAAUAUGAGAUUGGUGAUAGUUCUGAACCUGAAAGUUGUGAUCUAAGUUGCAAAAGAAAAGGAAGAGCUCAUUUUCACUUAGUUAAAUGUUAAGGAAAAUAAUAAUGUUUAGCAAAAUAAAAUGAUUAAUUUAAGGCUAGACAUUCAGAAGAAAAAUAUGUUGGAUUUGAAGAUUGUAAAUUUGAUGAAGUUUUAUGUAUAGAUUUUUGGAAAUAUUAUAAUUGGUCGCAUCCAAUUAUGAAUGAAUCUGCGAAAAUUAGUAGAUGUAAUUAUUAUUGCCCUUUAUGUAAUUAAUAAAAUGGUGCCUUAUCUUUUUGUAAUUAAGAAGCUUGGCACACAUAAGAUGAAAGAAUAAGUUCUCAUGGGUUUGAUUGUUUUGAAAAUCAUAAGAAUAACCCUAUCUUGGGAAUAAACAUAGCUUUCGUUAUUGACACAACUUCAUCUAUGCAAAGAUAUAUUGAGUUAUGUAAAAAUACAAUUAUAGAAAUAAUGUCAAAAUGUAGAGGUAAAUAAAAUAUAAACGGUGAGGAAAUUAUAGUCAAUUUUGCGGUUGUAUCAUAUUAGGAUCAUGAUCCUCCUUAUAGUAAAUAGUAACAAAUCUUGAAAAUUUAAGAUUUUACAACUGAUAAGAUUGUGAUUUAAUUUUUAAAUAAAUUAAAGGCUGAAGGAGGAGAAGAUGGACCAGAAGCUGUAAUGGAUGGAUUAAAUGCUUCAUUAGGGUUGAAAUGGAAUUAAAACUAUGAAAAACUUUUGUAUUUAAUUGCUGAUGGUCCCCCUCAUGGAACAUAAUAUAGUAAUUAUUUGGAUUAUUUCCCUGAUGGCUGUCCAUGUGGUUUGCGUUAAGAGAAUAUUUUUAAAGAGUUAUCAAAAUUAAAAGUAAAAUUAUAAAUAUUAAAAUUAAAUUAAAUGAUUAAUGGAAUGAUUGCUGAAUUUAAAAAGGAUUAUAAAAAUUUAUCAGUAAUUACUCCACAAAAUAAAGAUGAAAAUUUAUUUUAAGAUUUGAUGGUUGAUGAAAUUUGCAAAUAUUUGACUAAUAAUGAGAUCACCUUUUAAAUGAGAAAAUGA